CUCAUCUCCUCUGCGAGAGAAGCACUAUUACAAACUACCACAUUCAAUGUCUUAGACAAAGUUUAGAAACAAAGUGACCAUUGACCAUUUGUCCUACAACCCAAAGCCAAAGUUAGAAUUUUUGAAACAAAAGCUCACAUGGGGGCCUCUCUUUCGUCUUAGUUUUGGAGAAUUUUCACUCCAAAUUUGGAAAUGAAUUUCCUUAAUCUUUUCCUUCCUCUGUGUCUAUUGGUUUUGGUUGCAUUUUCCAUUCCACAGAUGGUUCAUGGAAAUGCAGAGCUAAGAGCUCUCAUGGACUUGAAAUCCUCUCUGGACCCAGAAGACAAGUUCCUUGGCUCAUGGACCCGUGAUGGUGAUCCAUGCAGUGGUUCAUUCUUGGGGGUUGAGUGCAACGAGCACAACAAAGUGGCUAAUAUAUCAUUGCCAGGAAGGGGUCUUUCUGGUCGUGUCUCUCCAGCUGUGGCUGAACUCAAAUGUUUGUCAGGUUUAUUCUUGCAUUACAACAAUCUCUCUGGAGACAUACCCAGAGAGAUUGCAAAUCUUAAAGAAUUGUUGGAUCUCUAUCUCAAUUUUAAUAAUCUAUCUGGAACCAUUCCUCCUGGUAUUGGGAACAUGACUAGCCUCCAAGUGCUGCAGUUAGGCUAUAACCAGUUAGAGGGGAACAUACCUGAGCAACUGGGUUUGUUGAAGCAGCUUAAUGCUGUUGCUUUGCAGCACAACAAAUUAACUGGUCAAAUUCCUCUCAGCUUGGGUAACUUGGAGAAGCUAAGGAGGCUAAAUUUGAGCUACAACAAAUUCAAUGGCAUCAUCCCUGCAACACUAGCUGAUAUUGCCAACUUGGAAGUUCUAGAUGUGCGAAACAAUUCUCUUUUGGGGACUGUUCCUUCUGCAUUGAAGAGAUUAAAAGAAGGGUUCCAAGGUGCAAACAACCGAGAUCUUUGUGGAGAGGGGUUUUCUAAUUUGAAAGCUUGUAACAAAGAUAAAACAUUUGACGUUAGUCAGAUUAGUGCCCCAAAUAUAUCCAUAAACAGAAAUCAUCCAAUAACUUUCCCGAAGCCUGAAAAUACGUUGCAUUGUAACCAGACCCUUUGCUCAAAAUCAAGAGGGUUUCUUCAUGUUAUCAUUGCAGCAAGUGUUACAACCACUACUAUCACAUUGAUUGGUUUUGGAACUUUCAUAUUUGUCAUAUAUCGCCGUCAAAGGCAGAGGGUUAGGAACACAUCAGAUUAUUCUGAAGGCCAACUUAGUCCUUACCAAUACCAGCCUAAAGAGUUCUACAGAAGUUCGUCUCCACUUGUUAAUCUUGAGUAUUUGUAUAAUGAUUGGGAUUCACUUGAUGGUCAAAAUGCCAGUGGAUUAUCCCAUGAAUAUUUGAACCGUUUUAGAUUUAAUAUUGAUGAGAUUGAAUCAGCAACACAGCACCUUUCUGAGUCCAGCUUAUUGGGUAAGAGCAAAUUCUCCGCAGUUUAUAAAGGAGUUCUCAGAGAUGGUUCUCUUGUGGCUAUUAGAAGCAUUAGUGUGACUUACUGCAAAACCGAGGAAGUUGAAUUUCUGAAGGGCUUGACCCUAUUAACCUCACUGAGACAUGAAAACAUUGUUAAGAUGAAAGGUUUCUGUUUCUCAAGAAGUAGAGGUGAGUGGUUUUUUGUCUAUGACUUUGCCACCAAAGGUAAUCUGUCACAAUAUCUGGACAAAGAAGAUGGAAGUGACCAUGUACUUGAAUGGUCCAAGAGGGUUUCUAUCAUCAGGGGUAUUGCAAAAGGUAUUUGUUAUCUGCACAACAAUGAAGCAAGCAAGCCUACAAUAGUACACCAAAAUAUUUCAGUUGAAAAGGUUAUUCUUGACCAUGAAUUUAACCCCUUGAUCAUGGAUGCUGGCCUCCCCAAGCUUCUUGCGAAUGAUGUUGUUUUCUCAGCUCUUAAAGCGAGUGCUGCCAUGGGAUACCUGGCUCCUGAAUAUAUCACUACUGGACGCUUCACAGAGAAGAGUGACAUAUAUGCAUUUGGGGUUAUUGUUCUUCAACUUCUAUCUGGAAAGACAUUGAUAGGGGGUUCAAUCCGGGUGGCAGUUGAAUCUUUCAGAUUUGAAGAUUUUGUUGACUCAAAUCUGAAGGGAGAUUAUUCAAAAUCCGAAGCUGCAAUUCUUUCAAAGCUUGCAAUUCUGUGCACCCAUGAAGUGCCAGAGCAAAGGCCAACCAUGGUGGAGGUGAUUCAGGAGUUGACCAUGUUUCCUGCUCAUUCUUCAUGAUCUACCACUUUCUAUGUGAAUAAUGAGACUUUUGAACAUUUCCUAACAUCUCGGCUCAUCCUUGUCUUGCUCUUUGCGUAGUUGUAACAUGUAACUUAUCCAUUGACAAAUAAUUGUAAAUCUAAAUCUAAGUGAAAUCCUGUUUUGUUUAUUCUAUUUCUACACGA